AUGGAGAUGGGAAAAUCAAUUGAGAGACAAAACGACGUCGUGGUGAAACUAGCAAAGCAUGUCAUCGCUACCGUCGCGGACGGGUGCAACCUUAUCUUCUCACCGACGUCAAUCAACGUUUUGCUCAGCAUCAUUGCCGCCGGUUCUAGUUCGGUUACGAAAGAACAAAUCCUCUCUUUCCUCGACUCACCGUCAACGGAUCAUCUCAACCAAGUCUUGGCCAAGAUCGUAUCUGUUGCACUCGCCGAUGGCAGCGACAGAAGUGAUCUGCGUUUAUCCGCGGCUAAUGGUAUCUGGAUCGACAAAUAUCUCUCCCUGAAGCCUUCCUUUAAAUAUCUUUUGGAGAACUCCUACAAGGCUACUUGCAGUCACGUUGACUUCUUGAACAAGCCUGUUGAAGUAAUUGAUGAAGUGAAUACAUGGGCUGAAGUCAACACCAAUGGACUCAUCAAGAAUAUUUUUGCACGAGAUUGUUCCCAGACUAUUGAGCAUAUCCGUGGAAGCAAACUCAUACUUGCAAAUGCAGUGUACUUCAAAGGAUCUUGGAGUGAGAAGUUCGAUGCAAAGCUGACGAAAGAUGACGACUUUCACCUCCUUGAUGGAACUUCUGUGAAAGUCCCCUUCAUGACCAGUCACAAAGACCAAUACCUAAGAAGCUAUGAUGGUUUCCAAGUCUUGCGCCUCCCUUACGUAGAGGAUGGUCAACGUCAGUUCUCUAUGUACAUUUAUCUUCCUGAUGAUGGUAAAGAUGGAUUACCUGUUUUGCUUGAGAAGAUAGCCUCGGAGCCAGGAUUUCUUGACAACCAUAUUCCAAACUACCAGACAGAAGUUGGAGCUUUCAGGAUUCCAAAGUUUAAAUUCUAUUUCGAGUUUGACGCUUCAAAUGUUUUGUAUGAGAUGGGGCUGACUUUACCGUUUAGUAUUCUUGGAGGAAGUCUAACUGAGAUGGUUGAUCCGCCUGCCAUUGGUGAGGAGCUGUACGUCUCAAAGAUUAUUCAUAAAGCUUGUAUUGAGGUAGAUGAAGAGGGAACUGAAGCUGCAGCGGUUUCUGCUGGCGUCAUUAGGCUCCAGUGUUUGAGGCAAAAUACAGAUUUUGUAGCUGACCAUCCAUUUCUGUUCACGGUGAGAGAAGACACGAGUGGAGUGAUCUUGUUCAUGGGUCAAGUUCUUGAUCCUUCAAACACUGAUUGA